CAAAAAUAGUGUUUGUUUGUAUUUUUUGUCUUAGUGUUGUCUCUCCGCGGUUGAGUGCUGGUUACAGUUGGAGAAUAAGAAGAACCUUUUCAAACACUUUCUUUCAAGCUUUUCAUUGUUUUUAAGAAUUUCAGGAUAUUGUUUUCAGUCUUAGUUCUCAAAUAUGAAUUCAAGAUCAUUAAGGUCAAGCAAGUCAUCUAUAUCAACAUUUUCUGAUGCAUCCGAACACCAGAUGCAUCGUUUACCUCAGACUAAUAGAGUGACAUUUAGAAGGAGUUCCUCAGGUCGCUAUAUCAAUUAUUCUAGAGACGAUCUCGACAGUUUGCUAGGGAGUAGUGAGUCUAUUGACUUUGAAAGUGUGAAUAUCCGUGAGCUAACUUUGGAUCCAUUGAUCUCAAAGAAAGUUGAAGAGCAUUAUGUGUCAAAUUCGCUCUUCACAGGUGGAUUCAACAGUAACACUCGAGCUGUUCUAAUGGAUAAGGUGAUAGAAUCUAAAGCAAACCAUCCACAGAUGGCUGGUGCAAAAGGAUCUUCAUGUGCAGUUCCUGGUUGUGAUUCUAAGGUGAUGAGUGAUGAACGAGGUGCUGAUAUUCUUCCAUGUGAGUGUGAUUUUAAGAUAUGCAGAGAUUGUUAUAAAGAUGCGGUAAAAGUUGGAGGUGGAAUAUGCCCGGGAUGCAAGGAGUCGUAUAAAAACACAGAACUAGAUGAAGCGGCUGUCGAUAACGAACUCCCCCUUCUGAGUCCUCCGCCGAUUGGAAUGUCUAAAAUGGAGAAGAGGUUGUCGAUGAUGAAGUCAUCAAAGUCGGGACUAAUAAGGAGCCAAACCGGAGAUUUUGAUCACAAUAGAUUUCUUUUUGAAACAAAGGGAACCUAUGGCUAUGGCAAUGCUAUAUGGCCAAAGGAAGGAGAUGAUAUUACCUCUGGGCGUAAUGAAUUGAUGAACAAACCAUGGAGACCACUUACACGGAAACUGAAAAUACCAGCUGCUAUUCUGAGCCCGUAUCGUCUCAUCAUUUUUGUUCGUAUGGUUGUAUUGGCACUUUUCCUGACUUGGAGGAUCAAACAUCAAAAUACCGACGCAAUAUGGCUAUGGGGCAUGUCUGUGGUUUGUGAGAUAUGGUUUGCUUUUUCUUGGUUGUUGGAUCAGCUACCUAAACUAUGUCCGGUAAAUCGUUCUACUGAUCUUAAAGUUCUGCAAGAGAAAUUUGAAACACCGACGCCUAACAAUCCUACCGGGAAGUCUGAUCUUCCGGGCAUAGAUAUCUUUGUCUCGACUGCUGAUCCCGAGAAAGAACCACCUCUUGUCACUGCCAACACAAUAUUGUCUAUCUUAGCUGCUGAUUAUCCCGUCGAGAAGCUCUCGUGCUAUGUUUCUGAUGAUGGAGGUGCACUUCUAACUUUUGAAGCAAUGGCUGAAGCUGCUAGUUUUGCUAAUGUAUGGGUUCCCUUUUGCCGCAAACAUGAUAUCGACCUCAGAAAUCCCGAGUCGUACUUCAACUUAAAACAAGACCCUUACAGAAACAAAGUGCGGCCGGAUUUUGUCAGGGAUCGUAGACGGGUGAAGCGUGAGUAUGAUGAAUUCAAGGUUAGGAUCAACAGUUUGCCUGACUCUAUUCGUCGCAGGUCAGAUGCCUUUCAAUCAAGAGAAGAAACCAAGGCCAUGACGGUUCAGAGACAAAACAAUGAAGAUGAAUCUUCAGACAUCGCAAAGCUUCCAAAAGCAACGUGGAUGGCUGACGGUACUCAUUGGCCAGGGACUUGGUUGAAUCCUACAUCUGACCACUCCAGGGGUGACCACGCAGGUAUCAUUCAGGUGAUGUUGAAACCUCCGAGCGAGGAACCUCUUAUUGGAAAAGCCAAAGAUGAUGCAACGCUCAUUGACUCGACUGAUAUCGACAUCCGUCUUCCUCUUCUGGUUUAUGUCUCUCGAGAGAAGCGUCCAGGCUAUGAUCACAACAAAAAAGCAGGAGCCAUGAAUGCCUUAGUUCGAGCCUCGGCUGUAAUGUCUAAUGGUGCAUUUAUUCUCAAUCUUGAUUGUGACCACUAUAUCUACAACACAAAAGCAAUGAGAGAAGGCAUGUGCUUUAUGAUGGACCGUGGAGGUGACCGUAUUUGUUACGUCCAGUUCCCCCAAAGGUUCGAGGGGAUUGAUCCUUCUGAUAGAUAUGCUAAUCAUAAUACUGUUUUCUUUGACAUCAAUAUGCGAGCCCUCGAUGGACUUCAAGGGCCGGUAUAUGUGGGAACUGGGUGCCUUUUCAGACGGAUUGCACUUUAUGGUUUCGAUCCACCCCGGUCUAAAGAGCACCAUCCAGGUUUCUGUUCUUGUUGCUUUGGCCGGAAGAAGAAGGUGUCAAUGUCUAGCAUCCCCGAAGAGAAUCAUGCGCUACGGAUGGGUGAUUCAGAAGAUGAUGAAGAAAUAGCUCUAUAUUUGACUCCAAAGCAGUUCGGAAACUCAAAUUUCCUCAUUGAAUCUAUCCCAGUGGCAGAGUUCCAAGGCCGGCCACUAGCCGAUCACCCUUCUGUGAAAAACGGACGCCCGCCGGGUGCUCUCACCCUACCACGUGACCUUCUUGAUGCAUCAACCGUAGCAGAGGCUGUCAGUGUCAUCUCGUGUUGGUUCGAGGACAAGACUGAAUGGGGACAACGUGUUGGAUGGAUCUAUGGAUCAAUUACCGAGGAUGUGGUCACCGGAUACAGAAUGCACAAUAGGGGAUGGAAAUCAGUUUACUGUGUGACCAAGCGUGACGCUUUCCGUGGAACCGCUCCCAUCAAUCUCACAGACAGGCUGCAUCAGGUCCUUAGAUGGGCUACUGGUUCGGUCGAAAUCUUCUUGUCUAGGAACAACGCCCUUUUCGCUAGCCCGAGAAUGAAACUUCUUCAAAGAUUAGCAUACCUUAAUGUUGGAAUUUAUCCAUUCACAUCCUUUUUUCUAAUAGUCUAUUGCUUCCUUCCUGCACUAUCCCUAUUCUCUGGCCAAUUCAUUGUUCAAACACUCAAUGUAACAUUCCUUUCAUAUCUCCUCGGCAUCACCGUGACAUUGUGCAUGCUUGCCGUGCUCGAGAUAAAGUGGUCAGGCAUUGAGCUUGAAGAAUGGUGGAGAAAUGAACAAUUUUGGUUAAUUGGAGGGACAAGUGCACAUCUAGCUGCUGUGUUUCAAGGUUUGCUCAAAGUCAUAGGAGGGAUCAACACUUCAUUCACAUUGACUACAAAAUCCGGAGGCGAUGACAUAGACGACGAGUUUGCUGAUCUCUAUAUCGUCAAAUGGACGUCCCUUAUGAUACCGCCGAUCACAAUUAUGAUGGUUAACUUGAUAGCUAUAGCAGUUGGAAUUAGCCGGACGAUAUACAGUGUUAUACCGCAAUGGAGCCGAUUACUCGGCGGCGUUUUCUUUAGUUUUUGGGUUUUGGCUCAUCUUUACCCUUUUGCCAAAGGUUUGAUGGGAAGAAGAGGAAGGACACCAACCAUUGUUUAUAUAUGGUCAGGACUCAUAGCAAUCACUAUAUCUUUACUUUGGGUGGCAAUUAAUCCUCCUGCUGGAACUAACCAAAUUGGAGGUUCAUUCCAAUUCCCAUGAUAUAAUAGUUCAUUCUUUUUAUUAGAUCAAUCUUUCACCAAUUCAUUUUUGGUUUAUAGUUAUUUUUUUGUCUCUUUAUUAUUUAACUCAUCAAUGAUAUUAUUCAUUGGACUUCAAUUAUUUAGUGUUGCCUAUUCUUUUGAAUUUUGUUUAGAACUUAAUUGCAGAAAUGAGAUGAUACUCAUUAUCUAUUUUCUUGCAUAAA